AUGGCAAAAGGCCUUUCACACCUCGUCUUUAUCGCAAGUACCGAAGAAUCCUAUCACCACACAAUCGACUUUUACAAGGCAUUCGGCUUUAAGGUUAUUAGUGUCUCAAAUGGUGAAAAACAAAACGAGAUAUGGCUAAAACUUGACUCGAAUGAACAUGCUAUGACUUCUGAUAUUGUUAUCAAGCUCAUCUUAAGUGUGGGCUCGGUACCUCGACCCAGACCAGAUAAUGAGUCCGACUGGUCACUCAACCCCUCUGCUAUUGCAUUAUCCGUUAUGGAUGUUAGCGCUGUCAAGUCACAGCUAGACUCGCUAGGAUGCGACUAUCAAGACAGGUCUAUCAAGUCAUUUAGCGGAACCUUUCAGCUAAUUGAAGUUUACUGUCUGGAUCCUUUGAACAACACAGUCAUCUUUUCCAAUAAGCCAUCCUUCCCGAGUUUAUUAGAAAGCGCUCCUGCUGGCUUAAUUGACGAUAUUAAUGAAAAACAGGACAAGAUCAAAAAGAUUGGUGUACUGACUUCGGGCGGUGACGCGCCAGGUAUGAAUGCUUGCGUUCGUGCCGUUGUCCGUUACGGUAUCUCCAAGGGUUGUGAAGUGUUUGCGGUUUAUGAAGGCUAUCAAGGUCUUGUUGAUGGAGGAAUCAAAAAGAUGGACUGGAAAAGCGUUCGUGGCUAUCUAUCGGUGGGUGGUACAUCCAUUGGUACAGCUAGAUGUAUGACAUUCAAGACGCGUGAGGGUCGUCUUCAGGCUGCAGAAAAUCUGAUCAAGAACGGUAUUGAUGCACUCAUUGUCUGCGGUGGCGACGGUUCACUCACUGGUGCUGAUGUAUUCCGUUCUGAAUGGAGUGGACUUAAUCAAGAACUUUUGGAAGCCGGCAGAAUUUCGGAAGAAGAAGCAGAAACUUUCAAGUAUUUGACCAUUGUUGGUUUGGUGGGCUCGAUUGACAAUGAUAUGUCAUCAACAGACAUUACUAUCGGCGCUGUUACAUCUCUUCAUCGUAUUUGUGAAUCUGUUGACUCAAUUGGCACCACUGCCUUAUCCCAUUCCCGUGCAUUUGUUAUUGAAGUGAUGGGCCGUCACUGUGGCUGGCUCGCGCUCGCUGCUGGUAUUGCCACAGGCGCUGACUUUGUGUUCAUUCCCGAAAGACCACCACCAGAAGACAACUGGGAAGAGACUUUAUGUGCAGUCGCCCAUCGUCAUCGUAAACUUGGUAAAAGAAAGACCGUGGUUAUUGUUGCUGAAGGUGCUCUUGACAAGCAUUUGAACCCAAUUAAGGCCGAUCAUAUCAAGGACAUUCUCAGUGAUCGUCUUGGUCUAGACACACGCGUUACUACACUUGGACAUACCCAACGGGGUGGCUCUCCUGCUGCAUACGACCGCAUCCUUGCUACCAUUCAGAGUGUUGCUGCAGUUGAUGCCGUUUUAAGCGCUACUCCAGAGACGCCUUCUCCUAUAAUCGGCAUGAGCAACAAUGAAGUGACGACUGGUGACCUUAUGAAAGCUGUGGAGCUGACUCAUGAAGUGGCACAAGCUAUAGGAGAAAAGAACUUUGCUCGUGCUAUGGAACUUCGUGAUCCUCAAUUUAUUGAAGAGCUUGAGGCUUAUACUGCUACGACCAUUUUAGAUGACGACAGUAUGUUGCUUCCUCCACACCGUCGUCUUCGCAUUGGUAUCAUUCAUGUAGGUGCUCCUGCUGGUGGUAUGAACGCCGCUACAAGAACAGCAGUACGCUAUGCAAUUAACCGUGGUCAUAAAGCUUUCGGUAUCAGCAAUGGUUUCCCUGGAUUAGCCCGUGGAUCUGUCGAGGAGCUGACCUGGAUAGCCGUUGACGGUUGGACAUCACGCGGUGGUUCCGAGCUGGGUACUAACCGUGCUGUUCCUGGUGAAGCUGUUGAUAUGGGCAUGAUUGCCUAUCAGCUUCAAAAAUACAACAUCCAAUCACUUUUAAUCAUUGGUGGUUUUGAAGCAUUCUCUUCAGUUAUCAAGCUUGAACAAGCUCGUCACCAGUAUCCUUCUUUAUGUAUCCCUAUCGCAUGUAUCCCAGCUACGGUUUCAAACAAUGUUCCUGGUACAGAUUUCUCUCUUGGUUCUGAUACAGCUUUGAAUGCUAUUGUUGACUCUUGUGAUGCCAUCAUUCAGUCUGCACGUUCUUCACGUCGUCGUGUGUUUGUAGUGGAAGUACAAGGUGGUAAAUCUGGUUACUUGGCCGUGGAGGCUGGCUUGGCUAGCGGUGCUAGCACAAUCUAUAUUCCUGAAGAAGGGGUUAACCUCUCUCGUCUCCAAUCAGAUGUUCGACACUUGAUGGCAAUGUACAUGGAUGAUGCUGCAGAUAAAUCUGAAGGCAGGAUUAUUCUUCGUAAUGAAAGUGUUAGCAAGACUUACACAACCCAAGUCAUAUCCGACAUUCUUAAAGAAGAAGGACAUGCCCUAUUUGACUCUAGAACCGCUGUCCUAGGUCACAUUCAACAAGGCGUUAACCCAAGUCCAUUAGAUCGUAUUAGAGCAACACGACUUGCAAAAUGUUCGCUUGAUUUCUUUGAAAAACACACAGUCGCUGCUCUUGAUAGAGCACAUAGUCUGAAUGGCCCUGCUCCUAUUGAUCUUUGUAGAGUUGAACACUCUGCUGCUAUCAUUGGUCUUUCUGGCUCUAAAGUGACUUACAGAUGCAUUAAAGAGCUUGUUCCUUUGACUGAUAUGAAAAACCGUAAACCUUUGGAAUCUUGGUGGCUGCCUCACCGUCCUCUUGUUGAUCUUUUGUCUGGUCGUGGUUUAUUUACACCACAGGCUCAAGCAACUUUGAACCAUAGCAAGUAG